CGUUUUCAUUUGUCCAGGCUGAUUACAAAUAACAAAAGAAAGUAAUAAAUUCAGAGUGAAUCUUUUGUCAUGUAAAUGAUGGGGCCGUUUGCCUCGCGCUUGCCAAAAAUGUGCGUAAUGCAGUCCAGGGCGUUUGCAAGUGCAAGGAAAUGUGAAUUUAUAAAAGCAUGAAUGUUUAUGAUACAUAUUUGAGCUGACUCGGAACGCGCCAAUGAUGCCCACAGAUGUUUUCUAGGAGCUCGAUGAGUUUUGACUGAGCGGAGUAGCUACUCUUUGAAGAGGGGAGGAGCUCUGACCUGUCAUUCUCAAGUCCACACAGGUGAGGGUGCCGCUAAAGGAAUGUGCAGAGAGCAAGUGAGCAAAGAACAGAGGGAAAGGUGGAGCGAGCUUGUUACCUCACAAAGCCAGCGAAAGAAAGGAAGGGUGUUGCCUUCAACCCACCUGAACAACUUGAGCAAGAGAGGAGGGACCAGACACACAUUCACUCUUAAACACGAGUCGUAUCUGGGGGAACAUUCAGUCGAUUCUGCACAGCACAAAGUGGGAUAGGUGGGGGACUUUUUCCUGCAAGCACAAGAAGAUCGCCUGUUGCUUGGAUUUGUGAAGACGCAGGUGGAAAAGAGGUUCUUUUCCCUCUUUGGUUAAUCAUUGGACAACAGGGAGAGAAUUAAGGAUUUUCUUUUAGAGAAUUUUGCUGUUUCUUUGUGGACUCUGAGACUUGGAUUGGGAAACAACAAACUAAGAGACUGAAAUGGGAGGAUGGGCGCUGCGUCUCGCUGUGGGGAUCUACGUUCUCAUGCUCGCUGUGACAGCCGGCCAUGCUAAUGAGGUGAACCACUGUUCCGCUGCCAGGGCCAAAACCUGCUCAGAAUGUAUCCAGAUUGGCAAAGGAUGUGCAUACUGCCCCGAUGAGAUCUUCGAGUAUGAGCGUUGUGACCUGAAGGAAAACUUGGAGGCCCUUAAAUGUAGUCGGAUGGUAACAAUUGAGAGCUCCAGGAAAAUUGAACAGAACGUGCAAAUCAAUCAGGCACUAAAGUACUCUCAGGUGGCCCCUCAGCUAAUGCACAUGACACUUCUCCCCGGGGAAGAGAAGGAGGUGGAGAUGGAAGUGUUUGAACCAGCCCGUGGCCCUCUGGACCUCUACAUCCUCAUGGACUUCUCUAACUCUAUGUCUGACGAUUUGGACAACUUGAAGAAAAUGGGAAAAGAGCUGGCUGAUCUUGUUGGCGAUCUCUCUGAUGAUUACACCAUCGGAUUUGGCAAGUUUGUGGACAAAGUCACUGAGCCUCAGACAGACAUGAGGCCAGCCAAAUUAGCUGAGCCGUGGUCCAACAGUGACCCUCCGUUUUCAUUCCGUAACGUCAUCACUCUCACCAACGACACCAACUCCUUCAGACAGAAGCUCCAGCGAGAGCGCAUAUCAGGAAACCUGGACGCCCCUGAGGGGGGUUUUGAUGCCAUCUUACAGACUGCUGUCUGCCAGGAACAGAUUGGCUGGAGGCAACACAGCACUCACUUGCUUGUCUUCUCCACCGAAUCGGCUUUCCAUUAUGAGGCAGACGGUGCCAACGUGCUCGCGGGCAUCUUGGACCGUAACGAUGAGCAAUGCCAUCUGACUUCAGACGGAAAAUACACACAUGACGUUCGUCAAGACUACCCAUCUAUACCCACCCUAGUGCGACUUCUGGUGAAACAUAACAUCAUCCCAAUCUUCGCUAUUACCAACCACUCCUACUCAUACUAUGAGAAACUGCAUGAAUACUUCCCUAUUGCUGAGCUGGGACAGUUACAAGAAGAUUCCUCCAACAUCUUGAGCAUUUUAGGAAAAGCUUUUGAGAAUAUUCGUUCCAAGAUCAGUAUCCGUGCAGAGGACAGACCAAAGGCGGUGGAAGCCAAAGUUCUCUCUCAGUCCGGCACUUUUUCUGAAUUUGGCAAUUUCAAAAUCACACCAGGAGAAAUUGGUAAAUUUAGAGUCCGUCUGAAGGCUCUUACUCAGGUGGGAGAGGAUCAUGUGUGUAAGGCCAGCCAGGCUGAUCGGGAGGGAACCUUGAGAGUUAAACCCACCACCUUUAACUCCGCCCUCAGAAUCAAUGCUGAAGUGCUCUGUCAUACAUGUGACUGUGAAAAGACCCCGGUUAAAAAUGCGGUGCGCUGUAAUGGCCAUGGAGAUCUUGUCUGUGGGAAAUGCCAGUGUUCUGAAGGAUGGCAAGGCCCUUUCUGUAACUGUUCAACAGGGGUCUCCACAGACUCUGCCAUGUGCAUCGAACCUGGGAAGUCAGAGCCUUGCUCGGGCAGAGGAGACUGCAUGUGUGGGACCUGUGUGUGCUAUAACCCAAACCAGUUUGAAGGGCCAUUCUGCCAGUUUGACAAAUCUCAGUGUCAGAGAUUUGGUGGAUUUCUCUGUAAUGAGCGUGGAAGCUGCAGUAUGGGCAGAUGUGUGUGUACACCAGACUGGUCUGGAGAUGCCUGUGAAUGUCCCAUCAGCAACGACUCUUGUCGAGACAGCAAAGGGGGCAUCUGCAAUGAGCGUGGUGUUUGUAAAUGUGGCCGUUGUGAGUGUGAACACUCUGGACUUCCACUGAGCCCGACUUGUGAAGCGAACUUCCAGCAACAACUGGGCAUGUGUGAAUCCAAGAGGAGCUGCGUUCAAUGCCAGGCCUGGAACACCGGUGAGAGAAAAGGACGGAAAUGCGAUGAGUGCCCCUUUAAAAUCGUUAUGGUGGAAGAGCUUGAAGAAGAAGAUAAAAACGUGAUAGAGGCGUGCAGUUUUCGUGAUGAAGAUGACGACUGCACUUAUCACUACACUGUGAAUUAUCCAUCAAACAUCACAGACAAAGAACACAGAGUCCUAGUGAAGAAAAAGAAAGACUGUCCACCUGCAGGUUUCCUGUGGUUGAUUCCUCUCAUUAUGUUUCUGAUGCUAUUGCUUGGUUUGCUUUUACUCUGCUGCUGGAAAUACUGCUCCUGCUGCCAGGCCUGUCUUGCUCUUCUCCCAUGCUGUGGCAGAGGUCGUAUGGUGGGAUUCAAAGAAGACCACUACAUGCUACGUCAGUCUCUGUUGACCUCCGAUCAUUUGGACACCCCGAUGGUGCGCACCGGCCCUCCCAAGAGCACAGACAUUGUGCGCUGGAAAGUGACGGACAAUGUUCAUCGAGGACCAAACCACCCCCAGAACCAAAUCAAACCCAACCCCAAUGAGACCAAAGACAGAAGUCAUACAGGUUUAGAAUUACAUGAGGUCCAGUACCCUGUCUCUCUUCGUCUAAACCGCCAAUAUUCCGAAACUCUUUCCCACCUUGAGUCUCGGGACACAGACGUGCUCAGACGAGAAGUAGAGGACAACCUCAAUGACGUGUUCCUGCAGAUCCCUGGCGCACAGAGAGUGCAAAAGACUCGCUUCAGGACACAAAGAAAUUCUGGAAAGAGACAGAACAACACAAUUGUGGACACAGUUUUAACCGCCCCACGGGCCAGUUACCCAGAUAUUGUGAAACUGACUGAUAAACAGGUUCAAGCUGGAAACUUCCGGGACCUGAAGGUGGUUCCAGGCUACUACACCGUAGCUAAUGACAGAGAAGCGGCAGGUGCUGUGGAGUUUCAGGAGGGCGUGGAGUCAGUGGAUGUCCGGGUUCCCCUCUUCAUCAAAGAUGAGGAUGAUGAAAAGAAAGAGCUGCUUGUGCAAGCCGUUGAUGUUCCAUUUGGAAUUGCGAAGAUUGGCAAAGAUCAUGUCAACAUUACAGUGAUUAAAGAACAUGCUAGGAGCAUCUUUACCUUCCUGCAGCCGUCAUACACCUACAGUCGUCAAGAUGGUGUGGCGAACAUCCCGAUCAGUCGUGAGAUCAUUGAGGAUGGACGGACACAGGUCACAUACUGCACCCGUGACCUCACUGCCAAAGACAAGAAGGACUAUAUCUCAGUCGAUGGAGACAUGAGUUAUGGACCAGGGGAAACGCAGAAGACCGUCCCAGUGAAACUCUUGGAACUUGGGGAAGGAGACGGUCUGCUGGAGGACAAACAGGUCAAACAGUUUGUGAUGGAUCUGAGUAACCCACGGCAAGGUGCUAAACUGGGCCGUUACCCACGCACCACCAUCACCAUCGCCGAUAAACCAGAACCCAGUGUCGUGAUGUUUAAGAAGGGUACUCAAACUUACAAUACAGCCGACCCGCUUUACUCCAUCCCUGUGGUACGCACUCGAAACCAGGAGGGUCCGGCCACUGUUUACUGGCGCACAAACAAAGCCUCACGCUUCGACAUUUCCAGUCCUCUCAAAUUUGCUCCUGGCGAGAUGGAAAAGAAUGUUGUCAUCGAUCCUCGUGCGUAUCCAUCUCCCAUCACACCAGAGACCUUUCAACUGGAACUAUUCGACCCAAGUAACAAUGCAAUCGUUGGAGAGAGGAAGACUACGCUGGUGAACGUCAUCGAUGGUAGAGGGGAUGGUAAAAUCCAGGAUUUCCCGCAAAUGGAAAUGGCUAAUCAGGUAGCUCUAUCUCCUGGAGGACGCCUUUACUCCCCAACCAACAUCAAAGCUAUCGCUACCGGCGCUAAAAACAUACGUCUGAACUGGAACCCCUCUACAAAGGCCAUUGGUUACAAGGUGAAGUACUGGAUAUAUGGAGAUCCUGAGGCCGAUGCUCAGGUCCUGGAUGUGAAGACUCCUCAAGCCGAGCUGACCAAUCUUUACCCAUACUGCGAUUACGAGAUGCGCGUAUGUGGCUGCAAUGCACUUGGAGAUGGCAAUUACAGCGAUAUCAUCCAAUGCCAGACUCUAGAGGAUGUACCUGGUGAACCUGGUCGCUUGGCUUUCAAUGUCAUCAGCCCCACUGUCACUCAGGUCAGCUGGGCAGAGCCAGCAGAGACGAAUGGUGUCAUCACUUCCUAUGAGGUCAUCUACAUACCCAUUGACGAGGGCAAGAAGCCGACAGGAGCUUCUAAGAAGGUGAUGAUUGACAACCCUAAAAAGCGUAUGCUGCUCAUCGAGAACCUGCAGCCCUCUCAGACUUAUUGUUACAAAGUGCGUGCUCGUAAUAAGGUGGGCUGGGGCCCGUACAGAGAAGCCACAAUCAACCUGGCAACACAGCCUACCAGACCCAUGUCAAUCCCCAUCAUUCCCGACAUUCCCAUUGUGGAUGCAGAAGCUGGUGAUGAAUAUGACAGCUAUCUGAUGUACAGUAACGAAGUACUACGAUCCCCAACAAGUAGCCAGAGGCCUAGCGUCACAGAUCUGACCGAAGGCUCACGCUGGAAGCAUGUCCAGCUAGUCGGUUCGGACCUGGAUCUCCGUAAAGUGUCCUGGAAACUGCCUGCUGACAUCAUCCCCUGCCGCCUGAGCCCAGACACAGAUGCCAGCGAUAGUCAUGCACAGACCCUGCCACAAGAUCAAUUUGUAAAUGGAAAGUGGGACCAGAAUUUCCUGUUCCCAGGAGGAAGCAGCUCCCUCUCCCGCAACGUCAGCUCCUCCUCAUCCACGUACAGCCAUUCCACCCCACGCACCGCUGCGACCAAUCACAGCAGCACCACAACGUACAUUUCCGGCAAAGGGGGCUCAACUACACAUAGAUAUGAUGUUAGAGACGGCGGGCUUCUCACAGAGGAAGUGACCCUGAGGAAGCGAUCUGAGAACAGGCAUUACACUGAAGGUGAUGGUGUGAGGGAUUCUAUCGUCAUGGGAAACCUGUCUGGAGGAUUUUUGGACAACUUAGGGGUCUCUAGCUUCAGCACAACUACCAGCUACAGCUUGAGCUCCAGAGCUCGUACUCAGUCUGAAGAUAUCAACGAUGCACUGCAGAACCUGGAUAGUGUUCUUCAGGAUUCUCGCUUCAACCCUGGUGUUCCUGAGACUCCCAGCAGACUGGUGUUCUCUGCCCUGGGGCCCACAGCCCUGAAAGUGAGCUGGCAGGAGCCCAACUGUGAGACUGAUGUACUGGGCUACUGCGUCCUUUACCAGCUAAUCAAUGGAGGUGAGGUAAAGCGUAUCGAAGUGAACAAUCCCGCUCAGAACUCUGUGGUGGUUCAGGAUCUCCUGCCCAACCAAUCCUACAUCUUCAAAGUGAAGGCCCAGAGUCGGGAGGGCUGGGGUCCUGAGAGAGAGGGAGUCAUUACCAUUGAGUCUGCCGUCGACCCCAAAAGUCCACUGAGCCCAAUGCCAGGGUCUCCGUUCACUCUCAGCACUCCCAGCGCUCCAGGACCUUUGAUCUUCUCAGCUUUGAGUCCAGACACGCUGCAGCUGAGCUGGGAGAAACCCCGCAAACCCAACGGGGACAUCCUGGGCUACGUGGUUACCUGCGAACAGCUGCACGGUGGAGGAGAUCUUCGCUCCUUCCAGGUGAAUAGCAACGCAGCGACUUCUUUGACUGUGUCUGACCUGAAAGAAAACAUGCCGUACAAAUUCAAAGUUCAAGCCCAAACCACGCAAGGCUUUGGACCGGAGCGAGAGGGCAUCAUCACCAUCGAAUCCCAAGAUGGAGGCUCCAUGUCACAGUACAGCAGUCAGUCAGUCACAAAGAGAGAGGUGUUUAACCUACCAACAGAGAUUUCUUCACACACCAUGUUCUCAGAACCCUUCGUGUCUUCAGAUGGUAUGAUGAUGAUGUCGAGCAGGCAGGUCACAGAGUCGGGAGGCACGGUCACACGGCAGGUGGAGAUGGUGCAGAGGGGAGUCGUGUCCAGCAGCACCGUCACAAAGAGGCUGGAGAGGCAGUACUUUGAGGCCUAAUAGAACUUCCUUUUACCUUCAGCAGAAUGUAUAUAUACGCUCAAGCGAAACUAAAUUAACUAGAGAAGGUCACCGACCAAUGUGCACAACAUAUGUUUUUUAUGUGAGGAGGGGAACAGCUGAGCUCUUGGAUUCCUUGGAUUAUUGCUCAUAAAGACCAAAGUCUUCAAGCCUUGAUAUUUUGUUGAAUGUAAAGACUUAAAACCUUUUAGUGUUAUCGCUUCCAAACAGGUAUUUGGUAAAACUUUUGGCACCAAACCAUGUUUCCCAAAGUGUUUGUGAGAAAUGUGUUUGAUGUAUGCGCCAUGGGAUACAGUUAGAGAUCUUCUGUUGCUUAUUUGAGCUUGAUUGUGUUCAUUUUGACAAGGUUUGUGUUUAGCAGAUUUCAUAUCAUGAUGUUGCUUUCAAGUUUCAAGUUGUAUCAAAUUUUUCAAGCAUAUAUGUUUUCUAAAUGUAUUUUUCACAUCAAAUAUGCCAUGUCUUUUGAUUUAGAGUCUACACUUUAACUCAUUAGUAUUUUUCCUCCUAAAUCAAAUUGUACUUGUUAAGGGUUGCAUAAAAUGUUGCAACACAAGCGCAAGCAUAUGGACUCGAUUCUUAGGAUUGUAAAUAUGUUACUGAGGUUUGUUUUUUAUUGCCUGGUUGCAAGAUGUGCUGUUGCAACUUCAGGCCUGCGGCUGUAUUUUAGAUGACAUAUAAAGUCUGCCAGGUUACUACACUACUGGCAAUUUGGAAAAGAUUACCAACCUCACACCUAUGUACACUUAAAUUACAUUUUUACUGCCUUUAAUAAUCUGUAUGGUACUUUUGACUUAGGGGAAAAAAAUAUUUUUUUAGAUUUUUAUACUAAAAUUGCAUUUUACCAUCGUAUUCAAGCCGUAGUAUGUAGUAUGCAAAACUUCUCACUGCAUAUCAGUUCACCGCACUUAAUGAAACAAUAAAUCAUUCUACCACAGUCGA